AAGAGAAUGACUUCAAAAAAUGACUCUUCAGUGACUGAGUUCAUUCUGGCAGGCUUAACAGAUCAACCGGAGCUCCAGCUCCCCCUGUUCCUCCUCUUUCUAGGCGCCUAUGUGAUCACUAUAGUUGGAAACCUGGGACUGAUCAUUUUAAUCACAAUGAAUUCUCACCUUCAUACUCCUAUGUACUAUUUCCUCUUCAACUUAUCUUUCAUAGAUCUCUGCUACUCCUCUGUAGUUACUCCCAAAAUGUUGAUGAAUUUUGUCCUAAAGAAAAAUAUCAUCUCCUUCUCAGGAUGUAUGGCUCAGCUCUACUUUUACUGUUUUUUUGUUAUUUCUGAAUGCUACAUGUUGACAAUAAUGGCUUAUGAUCGUUAUGUUGCCAUCUGUAAUCCAUUGCUGUCCCAUCAGGUCUGUUCAUAUCUAUUGGGUGGGGCUUAUGUAAUGGGGUUUAUUGGUGCAAUGGCCCACACUGUAGGCAUGCUAAGAUUGUCCUUUUGUGAUGCCAACAUCAUAAACCAUUACAUGUGUGAAAUGCCUCCUCUCUUUAAGCUCUCCUGCACCAGUACCUAUGUCAAUGAGCUGGUGGUUUUCAUUGUGGUGGGCACUAACAUCAUAGUACCAAGUGUCACCAUCUUCACUUCUUAUGUUCUCAUCCUUUCUAAUAUCCUGAGCAUUAGGUCCACUGAAGGCAGGUCCAAAGCCUACAGCACCUGCAGCUCCCACAUAAUUGCUGUGACUCUUUUCUUUGGGUCAGCUUCAUUCAUGUUUCUCAAGCCAGCUUCGUCAGAAUCUAUGGAUCAGGGCAAAGUAUCUUCAGUCUUUUAUACAAAUGUAGGGCCCAUGCUAAAUCCCCUUAUUUAUAGUUUGAGGAAUAAAGAUGUUCAAAUUGCUUUGAGGAAAACCUUGAGGAAAAGAAUUUUUUCCAGAGCAAAAGCAGGAUUUUCAUAA